AUGCGCGGGGGUUUCACUAAGUUAUUCCUAGACUAUGUAAAUGUCAUCCGGAUGAUGGUUAUGCAGGCAGCGAUACUGGUUGUAUCCCUCUGCAUGUUCCAUUUCGAGAAAUACGGUAGGGCGUUCUACCGAUUCAACGCAUCAAUGAUUCUCGUCUGGCAACUUGUGUUCGAAAUGCUUGGAGAUCUUGUGUGGAAUGAGGUUGCACGAGCCUGUGGACUUGGUGGAAUUUUAAUCAAUGAGAAUAUGCUGAUCAGUCCGGUAUAUGAUUUGAUAGAUCCACGUGGGCGACUUGAUUUGCUGAUGCAGGACGAAGAACUUUACUCCAUAUUAUUGGCCAUAGCCCGUAGAAGAUACAUGGACGAAAACUUCAGAUUCAUGAAAGAUGUUAGGCAGCUUCAGAAAACAUUGGAAACACAGUACAAUAUGCCGACAAGCAAGCAAAAAUCGAAAGGUAAUGAUGACAUCAGUAGUCGUACCUUGGGAGUGCUGGAUAACUGUAUUAUAACAGCCGUGCAUUGUCCAGUAAAUCUGCCUUCGAAGAUUAUAGGACCGUUGCGUGCAAGGAGAAAACAAGUCGCAGAACAAUCAGUUUUAAUGAGCCAGGUGGAGAGUGAAAUGCAUACCCUCUUAUUGGCGGCAUACUCAGAGAUUGCUCUACUGAUACAUUCGUCGCAAAUAUUGAGGUUUUUCUCCAGAGAUGUUGAGGUGUGCGCCAUAUUGAAGGGAAGAUUGGAUAGGUUGAACACAUUAUGUGGGACUGUUGCAAGAUUUAUUGCACCGCCACAUGAGGACUUAUGA